AUUCGUUAGAUUCUUUCCCUCCGAAUGCGGUGUCUUCAUUUCAACCCUGUUGCAGCACUCGGGAUGCCCGUAAAUGUCACAAACCCUUUAAUCUGACGGCCGUAAUCUGGAUGCUAAAAUUCGCUGCUUGACUGGUUCACUUCGUGAUAACAGCGCCCGAGAUUGCAACUACCGGAUUUGAUAUAAAGUGCAGCACAAAGUUAUGGUUAGAAGAAAAUGGCAGCCAUUAUUUCACGUGAGGCCGUCGCCAUAGUGGCUACCACAACUCUGGUCACAGGAGCGAUCCUCUGGUGGCUUAGACACAAGGCCAAGAAGUUUGUCCCCGUGGCACGAGUCAAGAAGAUUUUCAUUUAUCCCGUCAAGUCCCUCCAAGGAAUACAAGUUCCGUACGUCCACUGCAUCAGCGAAGGACCAACGUUCGAAGACCUCAGAGACAGGUGCAUGAUGAUAGUUGAGGAUGACUUCUUCGUGUCACAAAGGGAAGAACCGUCCCUUGCUGUGGUCCGGUUGGCCUACAAAGACGGAACGAUAAACGUCAGUGCAGAAGGGAUGCCCGACAUCAGCUUCCCCGCUCUGGACCCAGAUGCGUGUAGCAAGGAGAGAAAAACAGUACGUGUCAGAAAGAACAGCUACGUUGCUGUGGACGUGUCCACCGAGGCUUCGGCCUGGUUCAGGCAGUACUUAAACAAGGACAAUAUCCAUCUAGUGCGGAUCCUGCAAGGAGAAUGCUCCCGCCCUAAGGGCAGCACCACUCCUAUAGUGUUCCAAGAUUCGGCGAGCUUCCACGUAGUCUCCGAAGCGUCACUGCGAGAUCUCAAGUCGAGGAUCCCUGACGAGCCAAUCAGCGAGCGCAAUUUCAGGCCCAAUUUCUUCAUUGAAGGCUCUGACGCCUACGCUGAGGAUACGUGGUCUUACGUGCAGCUAGGCGACGCGAUCAUUGAUUAUAAGGAACGUUGCCCAAGGUGUCGUCUGACUACAGUCAAUCCGGACACCGGAAUCAGAACAGACAAGCAACCACUGGCCACACUUCGAACGUAUCGUACUGACAGAUCAGAGGAAGGCAAAGAAAAGUAUGCAUUAAACCCCCUCUUUGGAGUUCGUUACUUCCUCUUUAGGGAAGGUAUGGUCAGAGUGGGAGACCAAGUUGGUGCAGUAGUUUCUAGUAAACCCUUGGUGUAGUCUUUGAUGUGAACAUCUGAUGAGAGUGUACAUUUCUGCUCAAAUGAUUGGGACGCUUCGGGUAAGAAAAAUAUACGAUGUUGUACGAAUAUUUAUUUUGCGUUGGUGCUCACCUUGUGAAUAAAGUCAUGCAAAAGUGCU